CAAAAGAUGGCAAAAAUGCUGAAAUAAAAAUUAACAGUGUCAAAGCUCCAAAUGAUUUAAAGAAAAGACAAAGGCAGUAAUAAACUCCAGGCUGUACUUUAAACUUUCCUCAGAGUAACUCCUCUUUCCAAACAUAAAAGAUCUUUGGGACGCGCAGACACGCUUCUUCAAGUUUCCCGUUGCCAUGGAAACGGCAGCAUCAGAAACUGACUACACUUUGGAUAAUUUACAGCAGGAAAAACGCCCCCUAAAAACAUAAUGUCCGAGUGUGCAGAGCGGACUCUGCUGGAGCUGAACCUGCGGAGGGAGACGUGGUGUCAGGUGGAGAUGAACCCCCGGCAGUCCUGGGAGAGGACCGAGAGGAGACAUUACCGGAGUCACCUGCGGACCAGCCCAGUCCUUCUCACCGCUCUGACCGCCGGACCGCAGCGCAGUGCGGCCUGCAGCGAGCGACCGCCGCCCGUCAAGCUUCCAGAGAGGAGGCACUACGAGGAGAGCUAUGAAUCACACCUGGUGUAGACGGAUACAGCCUGACGAGACCUCACACACUAAUACAACAAGUAUAAAUGGGAC